UAACAAGGCUAUGUCCCCUAAACUCCAAGGACCCCUCCCCACUCCCACUCAACCCACAUAAUGUUCUGAAUUUUUUUGCACUUUUUCCUAGUGUGUUCGUGUGCCUUAUAAUAAGAAUUCCCAAGAUUCUCUUCAAUCCUAGCUACUUUCUUUCUUUUAAUUUCUUCUAUUGUUUCUCUCUGAAUCAAACAACCAUGGCCUCAUCAGCUGGGACGACUGGGACUGGCACUCCCUGUGGUGCUUGCAAGUUUCUCCGGCGAAAAUGCGCUUCUGACUGCAUUUUUGCACCAUAUUUUUGCUCCGACCAAGGCCCUGCUCGCUUUGCUGCCAUUCAUAAGGUGUUUGGUGCUAGUAAUGUCUCCAAGUUGUUGCUGCACGUACCUGUCGCCGAUCGCUGCGAGGCUGUUGUAACCAUUGCUUAUGAAGCUCAAGCCAGGAUUAGAGACCCUGUCUAUGGAUGUGUCUCUCACAUUUUUUCCUUGCAACAACAGGUGGCUUGUUUACAAGCACAACUGAUGCAAGUGAAGGCACAACUAUGUCAUCAAAACAUGAUGGGUUCAAGGAACACAGAGAAUCAAUAUUGGCCUGCAGGAAACAACAAUAUUACCAGCACUAGUACUGGUGAGGCAGUUCCAGCCAAUUACAAUCCAAUCUCCUCUCCACAAAGCUCGCUUGAUUCGGUCGAUCAUUACAGCAAUAAUAACAAUGAAGGGAUGUUCACCCUCCAAGAAACUAUACAAAGCAGCACCAGAGAGGAUUUUUCAGCAUUUCAAUCUUGUAGUGCCACCAAGAAAGGUCCUAAUUAUACUAGCUAUGGAGAUCACUCGGGUGAACUUCAAGCAUUGGCGCUUAGAAUGAUGAGAAACUGAUUCUAUCAGAUCUGGCUACUUGAAAUGGAAUACUGGUGGUUCGUCUAGGCUGGAUAAGGCAGGAAUUGGUGGGGUCUUAAGAGAUAGUAGUGGAAAUUUCUUGUGUAUCUUCUUAGGCUAGUAGGAACUCUUGAUGCAACUUCAGCUGAGAAGAAGGUCAUGAGGAAAGCCCUUGAGAUCUCAGUAGCUCAUGGCUCAAGUAAUGGGGUGAAACUCAUUGUGGAAUCUGAUUCUCGCAACUCUGUCUCCUGGCUCAAGAAGGGUUCCUCCAAUCCAUGGUCUAUGGAUUAGGAUUGCAAUGCAAUCACUAAUCUUACUAAGGUCUUUGAUGCAAUGAAUUUUGUCCAUAUUUGGAGAGAUGCAAAUUUCUUAGCCAAGAAAGGGGUUGAUAGACAGGAUUUGAUGGUGUCAUGGCUUCUCUAAUGCCCUUGAAUCUUUCCCUUCUUUUGUGUCUUUCUUUUCUCCAGUGCUAGUGCUUUUUUUGGUUAAGGCUAUUGGUGGUUAUAAGAGGAGUUGUUG